UACAACCACCAAUGAAGCAGAAAACUGAGUGAGAAUAAUUUUUUUACCUCAACUAGACCUCAAAUACCCUUUGUACAGCGUAGGCCGGGUAAAAACUGCUCCCAUUGUGGCGUUGUGCAUGUUGCAAAGGAUUCCAUUUGGUCUGCAGGACAGCAUUAUGUUACUUAUUAAACAACAACCUUUAACCCAGCUAAGAAAUGGAGCUCCACCCCGAUUUGCUUACUCCCACUUCUGCAUUUUGGACUUUAUGUGUCCUCUUGCUUAAAGCAGUCAUAACAGCAGACAGAGAGGUCAGUCCCAGAGGUUUCAUUCUGCAGCACAAAUCACAUCAAAAUGAACAGCAGUACUCUUCAGGUCAAUGUGGAACACUGGAUUGCAGAAAAUCAGAAUGCUUUCCUGCCCCCAGUGUGCAACAAACUCAUGCACUUCUCCCAGCUGCUUGUCAUGUUUGUCGGAGGCCCUAACACCAGGAAGGAUUAUCACAUAGAGGAAGGGGAGGAGUUAUUCUACCAGCUGAAGGGGGACAUGUGUCUGAAGGUGAUUGAAAAUGGUAAACACAAGGAUGUACACAUCAAAGAGGGAGAGAUGUUCCUGCUGCCAGCUCGGAUCCCUCACUCCCCCCAGAGGCAGGCUAACACCGUGGGCUUGGUGAUGGAAAGGAGAAGACUGCUCACUGAAACCGACUGCCUGAGGUACUAUGUAGACAACACCACUGACAUCCUAUUUGAAAAAUGGUUCUACUGUCAGGAUCUAGGAACCCAACUGGUGCCAAUAAUCAAGGAGUUCAUGGCAUCCAAGCAGUGCAAAACGGGAAAACCUGAUCCAAAUGAAGUCUUCAGGGAACCUCCUUUCCAGCUGAACACCAUGAACGUGAUGACGCCCUUCUCCUUCAAAGACUGGCUGGAAAAACAGAGGCCGUCUUUGGGGAAUGGCAGGCCCAUCGACAUGUUCGGAGCUCAGUUUGAGACUGAGGCGAUGGUGUUCGGACCUGGACUCACAGAGAUGACAACACCCCAAACUGAUGUGUGGGUUUGGCAGUUGGAGGGAUCUUCUACAGUGACUAUGAAUGAGCAGGAGUUCAGUCUUUCUGCAGGAGACAGUUUGCUCAUUCCCGAGCAGAGCCAAUACCAGUGGCAGAGAGCUGAGGGGACUGUCGCCUUGGUUGUGAUCCAAAACCCAGAGAGGAAGAGACCUUAAGCAUCAACCGUCAAAUCACACCUGCAUUGAAACAUAUGCUGGGAGGGGAGCACGUAUUAUUUAAAUGUGCUCGAACAACUGAAAGUAUUUUAUGUAUAAAACAAAUACAGUAAGUAGCAUAGACCAUUUAGUAAGGGUAAACAGUAUUAAUAAACAAUUACAAAAUGAUGCUAUAUUCUCGCAUUCAUCAAUCACUACAUGUAAUUUUAUGCGAGUAAAAUGCAUAAAUAAAAACAUGCUCAUGUCUGAGCAUUUGCCCUUUCCUUGUAAGUUGGCUGUCACUCAUAAGCUGCAUUUCUAGUGGCUCUAAUGACUUAAAAACACAAGUUUCAACAGGUAUCAGAAACACAAGAUUGUUGUCAGAUGAACUUUUCCAACGAACUGCUUCAUAGCCACCUACACAUUUUGUGUAGUUGCUUACAAAACUGACAUGUAGAACCUGCUGCUGUUUCAUAAACCUUUUAGCCACUUGAAUAAAAUUUGAAUAGUUCCAGAUGCAUUGAGGUGGUAGCGCAUGGAGGUGAACUGAUACAGCGAGCUAACAGGAAUUUGACUCCUUAGCAGGCUGUCUGUUCACGUCUGUUCACGUCAACCAGCAGACUGACAGUUUUGGAGCCAAACCCAAUGCUUUGUUUGGAUUUUUGUAACCAAAUUAAUUCUGUUUAAUAACAUUACGGUCAUAUCUAGUGUUAGUUUUACAAUUACUUAAAAGAAAUGAAUUUGAUUACUUCCCAGUAAAAAGUAAUUUGUUAUGCUGCUUUUUUUUUUUUUUAUAUUUCUUUCAUGUUACUCAGUAGCAUGUCCUGAAAUACACUGUGACAUAAUUACCAGUUACCAGUAUGAACCUUAGGCUACAGUCCCAGAUAAUAAGAUAAAUCCUUUUCUUAAAAAGAGCAGUUUUUCUUUUAAGGUUACGUUUGAACACAAAACAAAGUGGAAAACCACCACAUAGACUUCAAAGUGUUGCCACUGUGAUUCUAAAAUGAAUGCUACAGUGCUCUAAGCUUGACUACUCAUCACUCACUUUGUUACAUGGUGAUAAAUAAGAUGUGUCUUUGCUAGCUCUGUGCUGGCACAUUGUUUGUGUAGAUGUCUGCAAAGACCUGAUGUUGUGUUAGUAGUACAGUGCAGCUGUUUCUGUCCUGGACACAAUUUGUACUUUACCAUCACCCUCCUGUGUUUUUAUGCAAUGAAAAUAAAAGUAAUGUUGGUAUUUCCACUC